AUCAUCUUCCUUUGGUUCUCAGCUUAUCCCUGCGGAAAUGGCAGCUUCUGCGGAUGGCUAUGCCCCAGGGAUCAAUCCUGACCUCGUGAAAGAGGCCAUGGAGGCUGUUGCAGCCGUUGCGGCGGAAUCUUCCACAGCCCCAGAGGUCCCAGAAGAUCUGGAGUUGAGAAAAAGAUUGGAUGCCUUCACAGAAGAGCACGGCAAAGAUUCAGUUCGCCAGGAGCUGGGAAAUGCUGCCAAGAUCCUUCAGAGACUGUCGGAGGACAUCUUCAACGUCAAGUUGCAUGCGAUGCGACGCGAGGUUCUGGAAAGAACGGUGGGGGAAUCACUUUUCUUCACUUUUGAGGAGGCUGGCUUUCAGGAGCGAAAGGGUGAGAAUGGCGCUGUGCUGCAAUGGGUUGGCCCCGACGGCGCCCAGAGGCUGAAGGCGGUGCUUCAUGAGGUUCAGAGAGCCGCUGCUGAGUAUCCACUUAGUGGAGCCGAGGACUUGUGCUUGGACCCCAGUACCAUGAGCUUCGAGCAAGUCUCGCAGAUGGUCGCCAAAGGCCGCUUCCUGCCGGGCAUCUUGGAGGUGAACGACAAGGUGGAGGAGCCCGUGGCCGCCAAGGAGUCUCAACUGGAACGGCCCAAAAAACCUUGGGAAAAGUGAAGCCGUGCUGGAAGCCAUGGCUUCGGCUGGAAGGCGGUGGGGGCGUGGUGGUACGCUGAUCGUUGCGUUGAGCGACAUAGUAUUGACAGUGGUGGUACUUGAUUGAUAAAGUUUGCAGUUGUGUCUUGCGACAUAAUAUUGCUCAUGCAGAAUGGGAUCAUUGUGCCAACAUUCCGCCUGACGCUUGGCCUCCGCUUGGUAAAAGGAUCAAAACAGGGGAUCAUGGGAUAUCAUGGGCCUACCCUCUCAAGGUUUGAGGCGCCAAGGUGGGGGAAGUCUGGUGAUGAGCUGGCGAUGUGGCUGUGGCGAUGGUUGUGGUGGGUGAUUGCCUUUUAUGGUGCUGUUUGUUUCCAAGAGGAUGGGGGUGGUGGCGUGAUUGCGGUCAUGAUGGUGGUGGUUAAAUGUGGUUAACUGGUGGUGUUCGGUGAUAACUGAGGCAGUGAUGAAGUGAUCACGUAUGUAGUCAAUGUAGUGUUUGUUGCUGUUUUUUUUCCCUCACAUUUUCCUUGAAAAGAUGGAUCGCGAUUAAAGAUAGAUCCACAUUCCACAGGAUUCCUUCAUCCAAAGUUGCAUCUUGCGGCCGGUUGCCAUCCAACAUUCCCUUUAUCUAUUUGGGGUUUGUCGGGAUAAUUUAGUCUUGCUACCAUUUUCAGGGGAGCCAAAAAUCAUUUGACCCAGAUGCUGAGGUUGUUGGAUCAUUGGAUCACCAUCCAAUUGGUGAUUGAAUAUAAUUGAAUUGCAUUAUCUCACCUUCAAACAUCUUCAAACAACAUCUCCAGGGGUUUUCCGGCGCACAGCGGUGAGGCAAGAAAAACUGGCGCAGGUG